GCGGGAAAAAUUAUACGAACCCUGGAUCGACCCCGACCAUACCGACCACUCCGACAAUCACACUCACAACACAACACAACAGUACUUCAUAAUACUUGAAUUCUUGGAGAAAAGUGAAACGUUGCUUGAAGUAAAGAUUAUUUUGUAAAAAUGACAAGUAUUACGAUAUCGGCGGUUCGAACGCGAACGAGCAUUCUCGAUAAAUCGUUGAGUAAAGGGAAAGGGGAGGUUAGCUUGAGCUGUUUCGCACUUUUGUUUUCUGAACUCGUACAGUACUGUCAAAAUCGAGUUUACACCGUGCCAGAAUUACAAAAUAAAUUAGCAGAAAUUGGUGCAGAAGUUGGCCACAGGAUAACUGAUCUUCUAGUCGUGCGGGAAAAAGGAGGAAAACGCGAAAUAAAAUUACUAAAUAUUCUGUUAUUCAUCAAAAGUACAGUAUGGAAAUCAUUAUUUGGUCGUGAAGCUGACAAAUUGGAACACGCAAAUGAUGAUGAGCGCACUUAUUAUAUCAUAGAAAAAGAGGCAUUGGUAAACAAAUUUAUAUCUGUACCAAAAGAUAAAGGGAGUUUAAAUUGUGCUUCUUUCAUCGCUGGAAUUGUUGAAGCUAUUCUCUGUGACUGUGGCUUUCCAGCGAAAGUAACUGCACACUGGCACAAGGGAACAACAUACAUGGUGAAAUUCGAUGAUGCAGUUGUUGCAAGAGACAAGCAACUUGAAGAUCGGUAAUCAGACACAUAGAAGAGAUAAUAAAAAUAGAAUAAGAUUCUCCAUAA